AUGAAUGUUCAGAACCUUGGACUGCCUUUGCUUGAAUCGCGAGCGCAUCUAGCGCGACAUAGAAACACAAUUUACAUUGCUUUGCCGCUCUCACCGAAUCGGCCCUUGCAUGGGCACCUGGCUUCGCAGGAGUGGGGGCUUGAAGAGCUGGAUGAGCCGCAGAGGCAGCAGACCCAAGCUGAGCGUGAUGAGGCAGCGCCUGAAAGCUCAUUCAAUCUCAGCAAGCCGCCAGAAGAUUUGGAAGGACUCGAGCCCGAUGGGGAGUCUUCUGUGUCCGAGGAAUUCUGGGUGCAGGACUCUCAACCGUGGAGACCGUGGACUGACACCCCCAUGGGCUGGAACCAACGAGACUGGAAGCAUCAAUUUGAACGUACUCGUGCCCCGAACAUUUUCAGCGACACCAAUGCCGAUGGAAUUUAUGGCGGAGAUGAUUCGCAUGAUCCCUGGCAGAUGAAGACCCUUCCUUUUGGGAUUCCUAUGCCAACUACUCCUGCUGGCCGCCGCGCUGCUGCUCGCAAAGGCGGUGCCCAAGUUGCUGCCAUUGUGUCCGCUGCUGCUCGGGCUGCAGACGCUGCACGAGCUGCAGAGAUCAGAAUGGAACGUCAAUACAAGAAGCAACAGUGUGAGGAGAGAGCUUCCAAAGCAUCCAGGAACCCGUAUGCUCCACGUGGGAUGGGUUUGCUUGUGAGCUCUACUGGUGAUGCCCAGCAGCUUCUACCAGAUGGCCAACUUCCAAUUGGUGCCAACACUGCAAAAGGCCAUGGCAAAGGCACUGGCAAAGGCACAAGCUGCAUCCAUUUACUGGGCCUUUUCCGUGCCCACUGUCCACCCAUGAAAUUUGUUCUAAGAUGUCUUGUGCUGGAGAUUGCUAGAGGCAAGGGCCCAAGAAAAAGAGGUGGAAGGAACCGCAACCGUGGAAAUCAGAAGUCCUUGGACGAGGAUGAGGCUGAUAAUUUGCAAUGAAGCCCGGGCCAAGAUGAAUCCCUGAUUGGGUUUCCACAGGUGGAAUUCCGAGCAUUGCCCUGAAGGCUGAUGCAGGUUUCUGUGAGCAAAGUGUUGCUGACGAGCUGCAGAUUUUGAGCCAGUUUCCGCGCAUGAUCAGGUAUACAGUUGCAUGAAAUGCUUACUCAUGCUUACUCCAAUUCUCCACUCACAGUAGGAAAAAAUGUUUUCAUCCGUAGCUGGAUGAACUUCAUGAAUUGCGAAUGACAAAGUCAUUUGCCCCAAUUUAAACUAGAUAGGUCUGUUUGGCUUUCGUGCACCUCGAUCGAACGCCAAAAA